UUAAAUAAUAGUUGUAAACAUAAUAAUAAAUAAUUAUUUUAACACAAAAUAAUGGAUAAAAAUGAACAAACAAAUGAGGAAUUAAUACAUUUGGAUUUUUUAUCAGUGUUAAAGCAAUGUUCAUAUGAAAUCGACAGGGUUUAUGAAUAUUUUAAUCUAAUUUAUUCAGAAGAACCCACUCCUCCUUCGUUAUUAGAUAAAGAUGGUUUCACUUUGGAAAUGCUUUUUGUCAUAUGCCAAAAGGUUAAAAGGCUCAAACACCCAUAUUUUACAAUAUCUGAUUUCAAUGAUACUUUUAAGGAAUAUCCAAAUUUAAUAAAGUUUGUGGAUGAGUUCCACCAUAAAAUUUUAAGAGCAAGAGAACCAAGUUUAUUAGGUCUUAUAGAGGAUAUCUUUUCAACACAUUUCAAAGCAAGGGAUCAAUCAUUAAAUAAUUUUUUAUCAAUAUUUGAAAUGUAUCAGCUUUUUGAUGGAUGUGGUGUUUUGGAGAUAGUAGGUUCAUUGUGCAAUAGUAUUAAUCAAGAGGAGCCAUAUACAAUCGAUUUGGUGUCAAAUAUGUUUACAUUGCCAUUUUCGGGUAUUAUAGGUACACUAGACAAUGAAUUAUUACCAGCAAGAGAGGAAUCAAAUUUAUUUAGUAUAUUCCAUUCAAUUAGAAAUGAUAACGUGCAAACCUUUCAAUUACUUUAUCAAACAUUCUAUGACGAGUUAGAGACAACAGAGUUUUGGUCAUUAAUAUGUAGAUUCGAUUCAAUUAAUAUUGCAAAGUUGGUUUUAAGUACAAAUAUAUAUAUUGGGAUUGAGGUUACAGACUCUUCAUACGAAUUUGGGCCAUCAAAUAAGAGUAUUUAUAAAUCUAGAAUAAAAAGAAUCAAGGAUCUAAAUAGUAAAGAUAAUAGAUUUGUUCAUAGAGAUAUACAGCCUUACGUUUUAAUAGAAAUUGCAUCAAAAUAUUUUUCAAAUAAAAUUUUAGAGUUUUUACUAUCAAAACCAAUAAAUACAUUAAAGUUACCAAGGAAAACAUCACUAAUGGGUUUAUAUAAUAAUAGUAAUAGUAAUAAUAGUAGUAACAGUAUAUUAUUACCUUUUUUCACUUUAUAUCAUUUUUAUGGGUUUUAUAUUAAUGAUAAUUUUCACAGCUUUAAAUCACAAGGAAAGAGUGAUAUAGAUGUCGAGUUAUUACAAGAAAAAGCUUUAAAUUUUAUCGAGCAGUUAACAAAGUCAUCAAUACUGAUUAAUCCAGAGCCACUUAAUAAAAAUAGUUUAUACAUAACUGAUUUGGUAUUUGAACCCACUAUAUUAGCAUUAUAUGAUAAAAAGUUAUCAGGUGAAGCUUUCGAUUUCGAAUUAUACAACAGCACAAAUCAGAGACAAAAUACCGAGCAUAUUAUUAAAAACCAAAAAUUACACAAUUCAUGCACUUUAGUCACCAGGUUAAUAGAUCUAAAUCAGUCAGAAUUGCUCUUAGCAUUAUUCAAGAAUUUAACUCAACAUGGGCACCAGCUAUCUAGAGAUCAAUUAUUAGAUGAAAAUUCAUUGUUAAAAAGAGUUAUUGGUGGAGGUAUUGAUAGCCACAGUACUUUAGUCACAUUACAUAGAUUUAUACCGAUUCAGCCCAAAUACCAAAACAGAGAUCCAUUAAUAUUUUUUACAAAUUCACAUUUAACCCUUGGUUUCUUGUUGGAUAUUCAUAAUAAUGUUACAGACAGUAUAGAUAUUAAACAUUGGGUGCAAUCAAUGGUCAGCUGUGGGGUUUACAGAGAUGAAGAGUCAAUUUAUAAAAAUUAUCCACAGAUUAAAACAAUUGUAGACUCACCAAAACAAUUUUCAAGAAUUUUCAAUUUAUUAGAGUUUCAAUUCUUAUUUCAAAAUACUCAAAAUAUUACAUUUAUUUUAAAAAGAUUUAUGAAUAUAUCCGAUGGUUUACCAUUUGAAAAACAAGAGUUGCUUUUACUAUUCCAAUCAACAGUGUUAAAGAAAAAAGUCUCGAGAACAAAGGAGUCUAUUCAGGCAGAGUUUGAUUUGUUAGAACAGGAAAAAUUAGAAAAGCAAGAAAAAAAAGAAAAAUUAAAAAAACAAAAAAAGAAACAACAACAGAAUCAACAACAGCAACAGGACCAAAAUAAAGCUAAAGAUAACGAAACAACACCUACCAAGUUAAAUAAUAAUAAUAAGCAAUCGACACCAAAGAAAAACAAUGUUGUGAUACAGGAUAAAUCCCCACAGCAAGAAAAGAUACAACAUUUAGACCUACAUGAAAAGCCACAAAAGAUAAAUCAACAAGAAAAUCAAAAUGAUAAACCACUUAAUAAUAUCAGCAAUGAUACAAUAGCGCCAGUAACUUCAGCAACAUCAACACCAUCAACAAUAUCAACAAUAUCAACAUCACCAUCACCAUCACCAUCACCACAAAACGUUAACGAGUAUAAUAUUAAAAUUGGAAAAUUUAAAUUUAAUAGAAAGGAAGAUAAUAUAUUGGGUAGGGGCUCAAAUGGUACAUUGGUUUUUAAGGGUUUAUGGAAUGAUAAAAUACCUGUUGCAAUCAAGCAAAUGCAAAAAGCAUUUAACCCAUUGAUCAGUAAAGAGAUAGAGGCACUAGUAAAGUUAACAGAUAAGAGUUGUUCAACUAUGAUUAGGUAUAUAGAUCAAGAAGAAGAUGAUAUGUUUGUUUAUUUAGGGUUAACUUUAUGUGGUAAAUCAUUACAAGAUUUAGUGGAAUCAAAUCAAUUAAAACAAUUUAUUGCAGGUAAUGAUGGUGUUACAGAUGAUCCAGCAUUUGAAGCAAGGGCUUUGGCGUUAAUAAAAGAUAUAAUUGGUGGUAUAGAGUUUCUCCAUUCACAAGACAUUGUACAUAAUGAUUUAAAUCCAAGAAAUAUUUUAACUAAAGAUGGUAGAUUUAUGAUAUCAGAUUUAGGUCUCAGUAAAAUGGAGGUUUCAACAUCAUUUAAUUAUUCAAUGCAUGGUCCAACUGGUCAAGAAGGUUAUCAUCCUGCUGAAGUGCUAAUGGAAAAGCGAAAAACCAAAUCAGUUGAUAUAUUUUCAUUAGGCUGUAUUAUAUUUUAUUUAUUAAGUAAUGGUCAACAUCCAUUUGGUUGCAAAUUUUCCAGAGUGUAUAAUAUUGUAAAUAACAACUUUGACUUGUCAUCAUUGGCAACAAACUAUCCACUAGCAGCAGAUCUUAUUGGUCAAAUGAUUUCAAAAAAUGAAAAAGAUAGACCACCCAUCGAAAUAAUAGUUAAACAUCCAUUGUUUUGGGGUGUUGGCGAAAAAAUUAAAUUUAUAGAUAUAUGCUUCAACCUUUUUAAAGACUCUAAUAUUUUCACACCAAAGCUAAAUAAAUUAAUCAAUCUUAAGGAGCAGCCACAACAACCCCAAAUACAACAGGUGCAGCAAGAAAUUCAAUUUUUACCAAAGCCAUGGAACCAAUUAAUCGAUACUACAUUAUUGGAGCAUAUUAAUUAUAAACAAAAUUUAUUAACGCAAGAAACAGGUAAAAAAGUAAUAAUCUAUCAACACGAUCAGGUCAAAGAUUUAGUUCGUUGCAUUAGAAAUACAAUUCAGCACCACAAAGAUAUUUCAAGAAUUAUUCAAAACAAGAUAUUACCAUCCUCGACACAAACCCAAGCACAGGCAACAAGUUCCAAAGAGAUAUUAGAUAUAUUGGCAUCUCAAAGUUCAGUAUUAAAUUAUUUCGAAUUUAAAAUCCCAGAGUUGUUCCAUCAUCUGUACCUCAAAUUUAAAAAGCCAGAAUUUAAAUCAUGUGAACAUUAUUUCGAAGAUAUAUAUUUUAAAAAAUAA